ACCAAAGAGAAAAGAAUUUUUAGAGAUGAAAAGAAAAGAAAGAAUUGCCAGGCGCUUGGAAGGAAUUGAAAGCGAUGCCCAGCCUAUCCUCUUGCAGAGCUGCACAGGGUUAGUCACUCAUCGCUUGCUGGAAGAAGACACACCCAGAUAUAUGCGGGCCACAGAUCCAGCCAGCCCCCACACUGGCCGAUCAAAUGAAGAGGAAGACACUUCUGAUUCCUCUUUAGAGAAGCAGACUCAGUCCAAGCACUGCACAGAAACUUCAGGCAUCCAUGGUGACUCAUCCAGUGGCUCAGGUGCCAUGGACACCCAGGGGCUUGAGUCCAAGGCUGAACGGAUUGCAAGGUACAAAGCAGAGAGGAGACGGCAGCUGGCAGAAAGGUAUGGGCUAACUCUGGAUUCUGAAGUCGACUCUGAAUCUCCAGCUCGGUAUGCCAAGUCCAGGAAGGACCCCGAUGCAGUAGAGAAAAGGGGAGGAAAAACUGACAAAUGGGAAGAGGCAAGCAAAGAUUCAAGUUCUUCAUACUCUAGGACUGAGAUCAUGGGCUUCAGGACCUAUGCGGCUGAAUCGAAGGACUGUGGGCUCCAUGGGGGUGAUGGUGUGUCCCACACAGAGGUGCUGCUCAACGUGGAGAAUCAAAGACGAGAUCAAGAGCGGAGCACCAUUGAGCAAGCCCAGGACCUGGCCCCUAAGGUUGAGAGUUCCACUUCCUUCGCAUUCUCCACGGGAGACUGCUCCUUCAGUGAUGUGCCAAGGUCCCCAAAGCAAAUACCUACCGUGCCCCUUUCCUCUCCUCGGCAUUCGGGACCCGCUAGCCUCUCCUCUGGUGACCCACUUUUUCCCACUGAGGCACGAUCCAGUCCCGGGAAACCCAAACAUGAGUGGUUUCUCCAGAAAGAUUCCGAAGGAGACACACCUUCACUUAUCAACUGGCCUUCCAGAGUUAAAGUUAGAGAAAAAUUGGUGAAAGAGGAAAGUGCUCGCAGCAGUCCUGAACUUGCCCCAGAGUCCUUACCUCAGAGGAGACAGCAGCCAGUGCCAGUCCAUUACCUAUCCCUUCAGUCAGAGAACUCGGCUUUCGAGAGGGUGAUGAGCAAGGCAUCCGGCUCUGCCCGACAGCAGAUUCGGGGCUACACUCAGUCAGCAGAUCCCAUUCACACUGCCAAGCUGGUGACCUCAGAAACCCCAGAAAAUGUAUCUGAGUACAGCUGGGUGGGAUCAGCCACCCAGAAUGUCAUAAAAGGUGAUCUAGAAGGUGAGAGAAGGGAUACCCCAGUUCUCCAUAGUAGUGGAUCCAAAGCAGAUGAAGAUGUGCCUUUCACUGAAGCUGUUGAGAAAAGCAGGAAAACACUGUCAUCUUUGGAGACUCAUGGAUUAUCAAGAAGCCACCAGCACCCCUCUGGAAAUGAGGGCUUUGUUACAACCACUGUUAGCACAAUCACCUUGAAACAACAAAAGGAAGCAGAGCAGCUGUCACAAGCUCAGCACCAGCCAUCUGAGAGAACGGGAAGGAGCGAAGUGGUAUUAUAUGUUCAGAGUGAGCCUGUGUCCCAGGAUGCCAGGGUGACAGGUCGCAAAAGAGAAACAACUAUGAAGAAGCACAAGGUUCUCGUCCGAUCCCUGUCCGACUACACGGGACCCCCUCAGCUCCAGGCCCUGAACUGUAAGGACCCAGCUUCAACUCAGGAGCUCAGAAGUUCCCAAGCUGAGGAGCCCCAUACAGAGGUUGGCAUGCUGGAUACAAGGGUCUCUGUUGCCCAGCUCCGACAUGCAUUUCUGGAGUCUGCCACUUCUAGCAAGAAACCUAAACUCCAAUCACGGUUUGAGAGGUCAACCGAAGGAGUUGGCUUGACUACCAGUGUGGAACAGGAGAGAGGGCUCCGGAAACCAAGACGCUAUUUUUCUCCUGGUGAAAGUAGGAAAACUUCUGAGAGAUUUAGAACUCAACCUAUAACCUCAGCAGAACGAAAGGAGUCAGAUAGGUCUGCUUCAAAAUCAGAAAUGCCAAUGCCUGAAGAUGAAGAAAAGGUAGAUGAGCGAGCCAAGCUGAGUGUUGCUGCCAAGAGGCUGCUGUUCAGGGAAAUGGAAAAAUCAUUUGAUGAGAAGAAUGUUCCCAAGCGACGCUCAAGAAAUGCAGCCGUGGAGCAAAGGCUUCGGCGCCUGCAGGACAGAUCUCACACCCAGCCGGUCACCACCGAGGAGGUGGUCAUCGCCGCCACUGAACCUAUCCCUGCUUCGUGCUCUGUGGCCACCCACCCUGUAAUGGCAAGACUUCCCUGUCCCACUAUAGCUAAGAGCACUGUGCAGCCUGCCAGAUUACAGGCUUCUGCUCACCAAAAGGCUUUAGCCAGAGAGCAGGCAAAUGAAAGCCGAGACUCCACUGAACAAGGUGAACCUGAUUCCUCAACCCUAAGCCUAGCAGAGAAGCUGGCCUUGUUUAACAAAUUGUCCCAGCCAGUCUCAAAAGCCAUUUCUACCCGAAACAGAAUAGACGUGCGGCAGAGAAGGAUGAAUGCUCGCUAUCAGACUCAGCCGGUCACCCUGGUAGAGGUGGAGCAGGUGCAGAGUGGAAAGCUCAUUCCUUUCUCACCUACUGUGAACACGUCUGUGUCCACCGUGGCGUCAACAGCCACUCCGAUGUACGCGGGGGAUCUUCGCACGAAGCCUUCUGUGGAUGACCAAAUAAGUGCCACUGACUAUAAGUCCCCUUCUGUGACAGAAAAUUCAGAUACUCCAGUUCGAGUUGCUCAGAAAUCCCAGGCCUGGCAGCCUUCUGUAGAGUAUACAGGGAGCAAAGGGAUGUUGAAAGAAUCUGGAGAAACAGAAGGCAAGAGAGUAUGGUCUGAUGGAGAUGGAGGUGCUCGAAAGCAUGGGUCCUUUGAGGACACAGAGUCCUCUCACCUUGUCUUCAACAGAGUUCGGGAAGGAGACAGCCAUAAAGAACCUAGGCAAGCUGCUCUCCGAAAGGGAAGCCUGGAGCUGCCCGGUCCUCCCAUUACCUGUGUUGCUGAUGAACUGAAGGAAUUUUCCACUCCUAAAAGCACUUCCCAAGGGAAUCCCGACUUGAAGGACAGACAGCCCUUUGAAGAGAAGGUGGACACGGAGAAUGGCUCACACAGGAGGUUUUCGCUAGGAGCGGCAGAAUUUGGGGAUCCUACUUAUGAGCAGACAGACGCGGCUUCUGGGAAAAGUGUUGUGCAAACCGCAACCUCUGUGUGCUGGAAGCAGCAAGAUCCUUCAGAACAAGCACAGGAGAAACCCUUUAAGAGUCCAUGUGCCAUGUUUGCUGCAGGAGAGAUUAAAGCAUCAACCAUGGAAGGCAUCCUUGAUUCACCCAGCAAAACCAUGUCAAUUAAAGAAAGGUUAGCCCUGUUGAAGAAGAGUGGGGAGGAAGAUUGGAAAAACAGACUGAGCAGAAAGCAGGAGUUUAGCAGAGUGUCUGUCACCAGUAGCCUGCAUACUCAAGAAGUGGAACAGUCACUCAAGAAGAAGCGGGUGACAGAAAGUCGAGAGAGCCAAAUGACUAUUGAGGAGAGGAAGCAUCUCAUCACCGUGCGAGAAGAAGCCUGGAAAACGAAGGGCAAAGGAGCAGCCAAUGACUCCACCCAGUUCACAGUGGCUGGCAGGAUGGUGAAGAAAGGGUUGGCAUCCCCUACAGCCAUAACCCCUGUAGCAUCCCCUCUAUACAGCAAAACGAGAGGCACAACGCCAGUUUCCAAACCCACAGAAGAUAUUGAAGCAAGACCAGACAUGCAGUUAGAGUCAGACUUGAAGCUGGACAGGCUGGAAACCUUCCUAAGAAGGCUGAAUAAUAAAGUUGGUGGGAUGCAAGAAACCAUACUCACCGUUACUGGUAAAUCUGUUAAAGAAGUGAUGAAGUUGGACGAUGAUGAAACCUUUGCCAAGUUUUACCGCAGCAUGGAUUAUACUAUGCCACGAAGUCCAGUGGAGCUAGACGAGGACUUUGAUGUCAUUUUCGAUCCUUAUGCACCCAAGUUGACAUCUUCUGUGGCUGAGCACAAGCGUGCCGUUAGGCCCAAGCGCCGGGUUCAAGCUUCCAAGAAUCCCCUGAAAAUGCUGGCAGCACGAGACGAUCUCCUUCAGGAAUACACAGAACAGAGACUAAACGUUGCCUUCAUGGAAUCAAAGCGGAUGAAAGUAGAAAAGAUGUCCUCCAACUCCAACUUCUCAGAAGUUACUCUGGCAGGUUUAGCCAGUAAAGAAAAUUUCAGCAACGUCAGCCUGCGGAGUGUCAACCUGACAGAACAGAAUUCCAACAACAGCGCGGUGCCCUAUAAGAAGCUGAUGCUGUUACAGAUCAAAGGAAGAAGACAUGUGCAGACCAGACUGGUUGAACCUCGAGCUUCGUCUCUCAACAGUGGGGACUGCUUCCUGCUGCUCUCUCCCCACUACUGCUUCCUGUGGGUAGGAGAGUUUGCAAAUGUCAUAGAAAAGGCAAAGGCCUCGGAACUUGCAACCUUAAUUCAGACAAAGAGGGAACUUGGUUGUAGAGCUACUUAUAUCCAAACUAUUGAAGAAGGAAUUAACACACACACUCAUGCAGCCAAAGACUUCUGGAAGCUUCUUGGUGGCCAAACCAGUUACCAAUCUGCUGGAGACCCAAAAGAGGAUGAACUGUAUGAAACAGCCAUAAUAGAAACAAACUGCAUUUACCGUCUGAUAGAUGACAAACUUGUUCCCGAUGACGACUACUGGGGGAAAAUCCCGAAAUGCUCCCUCCUACAAUCAAAAGAGGUACUGGUGUUUGAUUUCGGUAGUGAAGUUUACGUGUGGCAUGGAAAAGAAGUCACACUGGCACAACGGAAAGUAGCAUUUCAGCUAGCCAAGCACUUAUGGAAUGGAACCUUUGACUACGAGAAUUGUGACAUCAACCCGCUGGACCCUGGUGAAUGCAACCCGCUUAUUCCCAGAAAAGGACAGGGGCGGCCUGAUUGGGCAAUAUUUGGGAGACUUACAGAGCACAAUGAGACUAUUCUAUUCAAAGAGAAAUUUCUUGAUUGGACUGAAUUGAAGAGGCCUAAUGAGAAGAACGUCAGCGAACUUGCCCAGCAGAAGGAAGAUCCUAGGGCUGAAGUCAAGCCUUACGAUGUGAUGCAGAUGGUACCAGUGCCCCAGACCACAGCGGGCACUGUGCUAGAUGGGGUGAACGUUGGCCGUGGCUAUGGCCUAGUGGAAGGGGAUGACCGGAGGCAAUUCGAGAUUGCCAGUGUCUCUGUGGAUGUCUGGCAUAUCCUUGAAUUCGACUACAGCAGGCUUCCUAAACAGAGCAUCGGGCAGUUCCAUGAGGGGGAUGCCUAUGUGGUCAAGUGGAAGUUCAUGGUGAGCACUGCAGUGGGAAGUCGUCAAAAGGGAGAACAUUCUGUCCGAGUGACCGGCAAGGAGAAGUGUGUCUACUUCUUCUGGCAAGGCCGGCACUCAACUGUGAGUGAGAAGGGCACAUCAGCCCUGAUGACAGUGGAGCUGGAUGAGGAACGGGGAGCCCAGGUCCAGGUUCUUCAGGGAAAGGAGCCCCCCUGUUUUCUGCAGUGUUUCCAGGGGGGGAUGGUGGUACACUCAGGGAGACGGGAAGAGGAGGAAGAAAAUACACAAAGUGAGUGGAGGCUGUACUGUGUGCGAGGAGAAGUGCCCAUGGAAGGAAACUUGCUGGAAGUGGCCUGUCAUUGUAGUAGCCUGCGGUCCCGAACGUCCAUGGUGGUCCUGAACAUAAAUAAAGCCCUCAUAUACCUGUGGCAUGGAUGCAAAGCCCAAUCCCACACAAAGGAGGUUGCAAGGACUGCAGCAAAUAAAAUCAAAGAACAGUGUCCCCUGGAGGCAGGACUGCAUAGUAGCAGCAAAGUGACAAUCCAUGAGUAUGAGGAAGGAGCCGAGCCCCUGGGAUUCUGGGAUGCACUGGGAAGGAAAGACAGGAAAGCCUAUGACUGCAUGCUUCAAGAUCCUGGAAAUUUUAACUUCACGCCCCGCCUGUUCAUCCUCAGCAGCUCCUCUGGAGAUUUUUCAGCCACAGAAUUCAUGUAUCCUGCCCGCGAGUCCUCGGUGGUCAAUUCCAUGCCCUUCCUGCAGGAAGAUCUGUACAGUGCUCCACAGCCAGCGCUGUUCCUUGUUGACAAUCACCAUGAGGUGUACCUCUGGCAAGGAUGGUGGCCCAUUGAGAACAAGAUCACAGGCUCUGCCCGCAUCCGCUGGGCCUCAGACAGAAAGAGCGCCAUGGAGACCGUGCUCCAGUACUGCAAAGGAAAAAACAUCAAGAAGCCACCCCCAAAGUCUUACCUUAUCCAUGCUGGUCUGGAGCCGCUGACUUUUACCAACAUGUUUCCGAGCUGGGAGUACAGAGAAGACAUUGCCGAGAUCACAGAAAUGGACACAGAAGUUUCCAGCCAGAUCACCCUUGUGGAGGACGUCUUAGCCAAGCUCUGUAAAACCAUUUAUCCCCUGGCAGAUCUCCUGGCCAGGCCACUGCCAGAGGGAGUUGACCCUCUAAAGCUAGAGAUUUAUCUCACUGAUGAAGACUUUGAGUGUGCACUAGACAUGUCAAGAGAGGAGUACAACGCGCUGCCCGCCUGGAAGCAGGUGAACCUGAAGAAAGCGAAAGGGCUUUUCUGAGCAGGAGAGAUGCCUGGGCUACCACCACUGUCACUUUCAAUACCAUUGGACCAGGAUAGGAAUAUGUUUUGGGGACUGGUAUUUCAAAGAAGAUUUUUCAAUCCGAAAUUUCAAGGCCUGUAGUUGUUAGCUCAACGGCUUGUCCUGGCGUUGUGUAUUUUGUAAAUGUUGAAGAGAACUCUUUGGAAAUUCUCUUUCCACAAUUCAGCAGGUAAUUAAUAAAAGUACCCUGAUGCGCACUUAGGCAGCAUCCCUCAGCGGUGCUGCAACACUGCCCUCCUGUCCAGCUGAGCAAUGCCUACUUUUUUGGAAGCAGUUCUCUUUAUAAAGUAUUAUUUUGAUAGUUUGUGGAUUCUAAAGUGUACAUAUACACACACAUAUAUAUUUAUAUAAACACCGUAUAAAUCAAAUAUGUAUUUAACGAAGCAAAGUAUGUAUUCAAGCUCUUUUAAGAUUUUUUUGGUUUUGGCAUCAAAAUAAUAUUAAAAGAUAGAUGGAGUUGCUUCUGUGGAUUAGCUCUGCCAACAGUACGCAUCCUCACACACGUUCAGAAGUGUCUCCUCCUUAGGCCUGACUUGUUCUGAGUACUGCUUCGGUGCUAAAAUGAACAAAGAAUGUGUAUGAUGGGCGUGGGCUCUGGAGAAUCUGUGAGAACCACCCUUCUACCUUAAUCUCUCCCCCGAAUGUAUAGUGCCUUGUUUUUAUGUACAGUUUCUAUACAGAAAAGUUUGCUCUGCAUUUUUUGAUGAUGGUUUGGAGCAUUAUCCACACUAUUCUUUAAAAUAGUAGAAAUAAAAACAUCUCAAUUUCUAAUACUGGUUGUAAACAAUAAACAUGUCAUUUUGUGAUAUAGGACUCCAAAAUAAAAGCUUCAGAAUAAACACAAUUAUU